CUUGUUUGCUGUUUAGUUCUGUAAGAAAAUUGCCGGCGGAGGAAGCGAAAACGAUUCUUCUGCCAUGGAUCAAUCCUCUUCAGCAUCAUCAUCAUCAUCUCUUAGAUGGAGAAUCCUUCGCCAAGCUCUUAUCAAUAGAUCUGAUUCUCAGUCUCAAGAUGAGAUCAAGCGGGUUUCAAGGAAAGCAACUCAAGGAUUCAACUUGAUUCCUUUUCAUGUGGUUGAUUCUUCUGAAAACACUCGGGAAGCAUGCGUUUGCUACACAAUUCCCAUUCCUGCUUCUCCCAAACUCUAUCUAACACAAAGAGUGGAUAAUUGCAGUGAUCUCAAUGACUUUGAGAUAUCUAAUCGACACAACAUUGAUAAUACAGGACUUGUCUGUCAGUGGCCUUCAGAAGAAGUUCUAGCAUACUUCUGCAUGUCUCAGCCUGAUCGCUUCAGAGGUAAAAGAGUCAUUGAGCUUGGAUCAGGGUAUGGAUUAGCCGGUUUAGUUAUUGCUGCUGCCACCGAGGCAUCAGAAGUGGUGAUCUCAGAUGGAAAUCCCCAAGUAGUCAAUUAUAUUAAACGUAACAUAGAGUCCAACUCCAUGGCAUUUAGCAACACAAGCGUAAAAGCCAUGGAGUUUCACUGGAACCAGCAUCAACUUUCAGAGCUAACCAACAGUUUUGACAUCAUAGUUGCAAGCGACUGUACUUUUUUCAAGGAGUUUCAUAAAGAUCUUGCAAGUAUCAUCAAGGUGCUGCUCAAAGCCAAUGAACCCUCUGAAGCUUUAUUCUUUAGUCCUAAGAGAGGUGAUUCUUUAGAUAAGUUCCUGAAGGAGAUUGAAGACACUGGUUUACACUAUGUCUUAACCGAAAAAUAUGAUGGAGAAGUUUGGAAGCGUCAUGAGACGCUUGUGAAAGGAGACGAAUCUUGGCCUAACUAUGACAAGAACCACUGUUACCCUUUACUUAUUCAAAUUACUAAUUAUCAUAAAUAGUCAAGACUGUUUCAUCUUUGCGUCUAUGGACGGCGAAUCAACGCAGAGAGGUCCUCACCACAAGUUAGUCAAAGCCGUUCGUUGAUCUAAAGGGAAUAUAUAGAACAAUAUAAUAUAAUACAAAGCUAAAGAUUCUAGAUCAAGUGUGUACUCCCAUUGAUGAGCUACAUAAAGCUUUCUUCAUUCUAGUUUUUUUUUUUUUGCCUCCUCUCUCUGUUUCUACUUGUUUCUAUGUUGUUGUGUCCUUUUUAGCAGUAAAUAAAGCUACAAGCUGAUCACACAGAAAAUCAGUUUCAGAGCUAGAUACAUCUCCUGUCUCUUCGUGAGGUGGUUCUCUCUAAGACUUUAAACUGUGUUCACGCAGCAUAUAUAAGUCAAAGCUUUGAUAGUUAUAAACCAAAACUCUUUACUUUGUCAACUGUGUUAAUUUAAUGUUCCACACCUGGACAAAUUGGGACAGGAAGUGAUGGUGUAAGUAUUUGUGGCAUUAAUUGACCGUUACUCAAGAAUAAGAGUGAAUGAGAGAAAACUUAAAAUGAAGAAAAUAGAGAAACUUGUUCUUCAUCUACAACUGGUACUACUUUGUGUUUUAUAAUCUAAAGUGGAAAUUCGAUUGUGAUUUGUGAAAGCUCGAUUAAUAAACAAAUAUAGUAACUUUUU